AGUUCUUCUUCAAUGCGAAGCUGCUCUCACGCACUCGACAAAAUGGCGGAAUUCGACUUGACAAGCCGCAUGGGCCAAUAUUUAGACCGUCAUAUGGUCUUUCCUUUAUUGGAAUUCUUAUCAGCAAAUGGGUUGUAUGAUGAGCAAGAGAUGCUGAAAGGGAAACUGGACUUGCUGAGCAAUACAAAUAUGGUGGAUUUUGCCAUGGAUGUAUACAAGAGUCUCUACCCAGAGGAUGAAGUUCCACAGAAUCUUGGAGGGGAGACUUGGAUAUCUUUUACAGCACUCAAAGAUAAGCGUGGGGAGGUGGUAUCAGAAUUGAAGAAGUUACAGGCAGACACAGAACCAGUUGUCAAAAUAUUUGAAGAUCCUGAGGUGUUACGACAAAUACAAAAUUCACGGGAUGGAAGACAACUUUUUGAAUUUUUAUCUAAGGAGUACAAUGUAACCAGUGAAAUGAUCAACACACUAUACAACUUUGCUAAGUUCCAAUAUGAGUGUGGCAACUACUCUGGUGCAGCUGAAUACCUGUAUUUUGUUAGGGCACUUUUACCUCCCAAUGACAAGAAUGCCCUGAAUGCCAUGUGGGGAAAGCUGGCCUGUGAAAUCCUGAUGCAGAACUGGGACACUGCCCUGGAAGACCUGAACAGGCUGCGAGAUGUCAUUGACUCAAGUCCUUUUACCACAGCACUUCAGUCUCUCCAGCAGAGGACGUGGCUGAUCCACUGGAGCCUGUUUGUAUACUUCAACCACCCCAAGGGCAGAGAUCUCAUCAUAGACAUGUUUCUGUAUCAACAACAGUACCUGAAUGCCAUCCAGACUCUGUGUCCACACAUACUGCGCUACCUGACCACUGCGGUGAUCACCAACAAGAGGCGGAGAACAGUCCUCAAAGACCUUGUCAAGGUCAUACAACAGGAAUCAUACACAUACAGAGACCCAAUAACAGAAUUCUUAGAGUGCUUGUAUGUCAACUUUGAUUUUGAUGGAGCACAACAAAAACUCAGAGAAUGUGAAAGUGUUCUGGUAAACGACUUUUUCCUUGUUGCCUGUUUAGAUGAUUUCAUUGAGAAUGCCAGGCUUUUUAUAUUUGAGACUUUCUGUCGAAUUCAUGAGUGCAUUAGUAUUAACAUGCUUGCGGAGAAGCUGAACAUGACCCCAGAUGAUGCCGAGAGGUGGAUUGUGAACCUCAUACGUGGUGCACGGCUCGAUGCCAAGAUCGACUCCAAGUUGGGUCACGUGGUGAUGGGCACACAGGCUGUGUCUCCAUACCAACAGGUGAUAGACAAAACCAAGGGACUCUCCUUUAGAUCGCAGAUGUUAGCUAUGAACAUAGAGAAGAAACUCUCAGCAAAAUCAGACUCGGGUCCACAGUGGGGCGGCCAAGAGUUUUGACAUGGAGGUGUGGAAGAUACAGGGAAACAAGUGCACAGACAGGCCGGAAGAAGAAACUUGACAGUAUCUUAAAGACAAGAGAGGAGAGAGGGAGGUGAAAUGUGUUUCUGAAAACAGUCUUGUUUAUCUACUUUGAUAUUAACCUCAGAGGGACAAGGGUGGAGUACUUGGACUGUGUUUGCCUCAGUAAGUUGCUACAGCAGAAAAAGGAGACAGCUUGUGUCACAUUGGCACGUGCUGUGUGACAUGGGGACCUCAUGCCGAGGUAGAGGGGACGUGGUUUGCUCCGGAGGCUAGGAAGACCAUAUCGGGCAGGACAGUGUUUGCUUCACACCCUCUGAUUAGAUAUCAAGUGAGCCAAAGGAGGCUGGAACAGACUUUUGCUCAGAGAGGACAUUUUGACAGCCUUUUUGUGGACCGUUGUGGAAUUGAGUAAAUUGCUAUCAGGAUAUAUUGCCAACACCAAAAAGAGAAACAAUAUGACAAAUUUGAUAAUAUGUAUGGACAAUUAAAAGAAAUAUAAGACAUUGAAA